UGCCCGCUCGUCGGUCCCCGCGGCGGCGGCGGCGGCGGCUGCCCAGUGACAGCGGAGGCGGCAGCAGGCCGGCCGUAGUAGCUUAGGGUCGUACGGCCUGGAAACGCACACCCGGCCGAAGGGCGGCGCCGCGCGAAGAAGGCCAGAGCCGGGUCGCGCGGGAGGAGACCUCGCGGGCGCCGGGCGAGAGGCCGGCGUGAGGGGGCGCGGAGGUAGUGGCCGCCGGCGGCCCGGACCCGCCUGUCCUCGCGGCCGCCGCCGGCAUGAGCCACAUCCAGAUCCCGCCGGGGCUCACGGAGCUGCUGCAGGGCUACACGGUGGAGGUGCUGCGGCAGAAGCCGCCCGACCUCGUCGACUUCGCGGUGGACUACUUCACCCGCCUGCGCGAGGCCCGCUCGCAACCCGCCAGCCCGCCCGCCGCCCCUCCUUCCGGCUCCCAGGGUCUGGAGCCCUGCCCUGGCCUGGUCGCCGACGCGAAGGCGGACACCGAGUCGGAGGACGACGAGGACCUGGAUGUUCCAAUUCCUGGCAGAUUUGAUCGGCGAGUAUCAGUCUGUGCUGAGACCUAUAACCCUGAUGAGGAAGAGGAAGAUACUGAUCCAAGGGUGAUUCAUCCUAAAACUGAUCAACAGAGAUGCAGACUUCAGGAAGCUUGCAAAGAUAUUCUCCUUUUCAAAAAUCUUGAUCAGGAACAACUUUCUCAAGUCCUUGAUGCCAUGUUUGAAAGGACAGUCAAAGUUGAUGAGCAUGUCAUUGACCAAGGAGAUGAUGGAGACAACUUUUAUGUCAUAGAACGGGGAACUUAUGAUAUUUUAGUAACAAAAGAUAAUCAAACCCGCUCUGUUGGUCAGUAUGACAACCAUGGCAGUUUUGGAGAACUCGCUCUGAUGUACAACACCCCGAGAGCUGCUACCAUUGUCGCCACUUCAGAAGGCUCCCUUUGGGGACUGGACCGUGUGACUUUUAGAAGAAUCAUAGUGAAAAACAAUGCAAAAAAGAGAAGGAUGUUUGAAUCAUUUAUUGAAUCUGUGCCCCUCCUUAAAUCACUAGAGGUGUCGGAACGAAUGAAGAUUGUGGAUGUAAUAGGAGAGAAGGUCUAUAAGGAUGGAGAGCGCAUAAUCACGCAGGGUGAAAAGGCUGAUAGCUUCUACAUUAUAGAGUCCGGAGAGGUGAGCAUCCUGAUCAGAAGCAAGACCAAAGCGAACAAGGACGGCGGGAACCAGGAGGUCGAGAUAGCCCGUUGUCGUAAGGGGCAGUACUUCGGAGAGCUGGCACUGGUCACCAACAAGCCCAGAGCUGCUUCGGCUUAUGCAGUGGGGGAUGUCACAUGCUUAGUUAUGGACGUACAAGCGUUUGAGAGGCUUCUGGGGCCCUGCAUGGACAUCAUGAAGAGGAACAUCUCACACUAUGAGGAACAGCUGGUGAAGAUGUUUGGCUCCAGCAUGGAUCUGAUUGACCCCGGGCAGUAGGUGUGCCCCAGCCCAGAGCCUUCUCAGUGUGACACCGAAACCUUCCGGUCAGCCACAGAACACACGCAGAAGACAGACACGACAGACCCGUUCCUGCUCUUGCCGCCGCCGCCAGCUGCUAUUGCCGUGGCCGUGGGCACGUAGGACACUUGAAAGUCAGCACUACAGGAUGGGCAGAGGUUCCGCCCACACCUCCUCCACUUUGCUUCUGAAAGCCCAUUAUUAGACCACUCGUAAUGAUUAUUCCAGCCCAGUUGUCACAUCUUUGGUUCACAAUGGCAUGUCUCUCCAACAGUUUAAGUGCCUGAUACAAAGUCCACAGUGUAAUCAUCUUCCUUUCCUCUCUGGCUGCUACUGUUGCUGUUGGAAGUCACCACAGGUCUGCACAGAGCUGUGUUCAACUGUAGACACCCGCCCCUGACCUCCCUCAAGGGAGGCAUUGUUGUAGCCCUUGAUCUUCUCGUUUGUCCUUUGAGAAAGUCCACAUUUGUUCACACUGGUAGCCUUCGGUUUUACAGUAGAAGAUGCGGCAGGGAGGCUGGAGGUCUGCGGGCCUGGGGCACCCAUGACAGCUAUCUCCAAACUCACAGCGAUGCUGGGGGGAAGGCCCUGCCCCGGGCCCAGCAGCUCAGCACCCCAGAGCACACUGAUUGGUUAUGAAGACCCGUGUUAGAGCAGAGAAUUUGGGUUCAGCACGUUCUUCAGGUAGCGGAGAGCCAGGGAAGGUUUUCUGGGUUGGGGGUUUUGUUUUGUUUUGUUUUGUUUUAGUAGAUUUUGUUUUGUUUUAUUUAAUCUCUGUGCGGUUUGCAUGAAUGAAUUACUGUCCGUUUCUAAGGAGCCAGGGUCUGGAUGUGCCAUGACUUUAUCUGACCCAAAUACUUCCCUGGGCAACUCUUGCCAUCUCGUUUCCAGUUGCCCCUACCCGCUGAUAAUGGCAGUGUGCCAGCAAGAGGUUGUACUACAAAGAGAGCCCUUUCCUUCUCCAGUGUUGUUACAUAGCUUUGCUGUUGAACUAUCAAUUUUUAAAUUCUUUAAAGAAGCAGCAGCUAUUUUUUUGAAAUUAAAAAAAUUUUAUUUCUGCAUUUGGGGAAUUCCCGUUGGACCUGGUCAUAUAUAUCAGUGUGUCAGCUGACUCAGGCAUUCAUCCUGAAGAUCAAGUCUUUGUUUUUAAAAAUCAGAAUCAUUCACUAUUUCAUGGAAUUACUGCAAAGACCUUUCUAGUUAAGGUGUUGGGAUAUUUGGGGUUCCAAUUAUUAACCCCAGAGGAAAGUAAAUUAGCUUGUAUUUUAAAACUUUUUAACCUUUUAAUUAUUAUCAAGUAGAAUUGUGAUGAAUUAUCCUAAUUAACUAGAUAUAGUUCAGGAUAAAAUUUUUUUUUUCUUGAGAAUAACUUAGAAUCAGAUGCUACAAGAGAUCCUAAGAGCAGUGUGAAGUUUGCAUAGAGAUAAAUUUGAAUAUUGUAGCCAAGGUUAUAUUAAAUCAAGAGGCCCUUUCCAAUAUGAUUUACUUUUUAAACUUGUGUAGCUCAAUAAAUCCCUAAGAGAUUGCAUGCUGGGGCUUGAGUCAUUCCUGUUGUAGGAUAAUGAUGGAGCCCACAUGGUCACUUCUAUUGUCCAUAGAAGCCGGGCUCUCUGCUUUUGCCAUGGACAGUGUGGUGGAGGGAUUUCCAGAGUGGUGACCCACCACAACCUUGGUCAAGUCUCCCUUUUUCUUGUGUUCCGUGAAGUAAAAGCAGAAGGACUCUUUUCAGACAGCCCUAGCUAGGUAGCCUGCAUUGCAGCUCCCAGAAUCAUGAAAGGUUGUAACUAAUACCCCCAAACAGGCAGCUAGCUAUGGGAAAGCCCAUGUGGUUUUUUUCCCACAAUUUUCCAAGGUUGUUCUUUUCUAGGGUGUUGCUUUAUUAUCAAAUAAAUUAAGAAAGAAGAUCUUGUACUUUAGCAGACAAGAAUCACACCUGUUUCUUCCAAAAGGAGCAGGCACAGACAGUGAGCUUUAGGAGUGUCACAGAGGUCUAGCCCCCUCUAUUCGAGGACUCUGUUUAAACACUGAGCAGAUGCCCCCUUUGCACCCCCGUGCCAGCAUUAGUCAGGGCUGGCUGGGAGCUCAGUGCCAGAGUCACUCCUGCAGGCUGCUAGGCAUGGGCUUCUCAUCCUGCCUUCUUGCACAUCCCAGUUCAGUCUUCCCCCUUCACAGAAGCCUCUUUGGUACCCCCAACUCACUGAUGGUUGCUGUUUUACAGAGUAGAAUUCAUCCAGGUUUAAGUCCUCCUGCUCUAACUACAGACUGACAUAUGGGUCAUGAGUAUAGAUCCUCACUGCAUACAGGGCCCCUUGGGGGUCUGGCUUAGGAAGGAAGACUUUCACUCACCAGUGUGAGUGCAAUAGUACCAGGAGUCUGACAGGGUUCCAGUUCUCUUGGCAGCCUGGGGGAUCAGAGGUGGCAGACUGAGCUCAACUGAGGGCUCAGGUGUCCACAGUAUGCCAGGCAAGCCCUGCACUGUUGGUUGAGCCUCAAGGGGAGGAGUGUGUUGGGAAGAGAUCCCUUUUAUAUUCUUCUCUUCCAUGGGUUAGAGCUUCACGCCCUCUUUCCUGGCUUUGCUAUUGAUUUGGGAUGAUGGAAAAUAUUCCUGAGAGCCUUAGGCCCAACCUACAGUAUUAUCCUUUCUUCUAGCCCCAGUUUAUCACACCCACCCUCUUGUUUUGGUUGUAGUCUCUGAAGGAAGGCUUCACGUGUGCUGUCCUCUUAGUUGAUAGUUUUACAUAUAAUUGCUGUAGAUUCUCAGGAGUCAGGGUGCAUCUUUUCUUUGAGCAGUUUAAUGAGUGAAUUCAGCAGCAAAGUGGCAAGAAAUGGUUCUCCGACCAGGAGAGGUCAUGUUCAUCCUCUUAAUGCCCAGAUUCUCUGCUCGCAGUGGUAGUCAGUGAGAGGUGCCCCUGGGGCCCAGCGGUACCCUGGGCAUACAGCAUUUCCACGUCAAGUUGCUGUGCAGAAACCGUCUUCUCUCAUUUAGAAAGAGUGAAAGAGCAUUUUUGCACAGAGUAAAAGGAAAAAGACCCAUGAAUGUCAUCUUUUAUCUUUGUUUUCGGUUGGCUGAUGUUGGAAUUUUUGUUCUUGACAUACACUUGUAAACCAGUCUUGCCAAGAUACAAGUUGUUUUGGUUUUUCACUACAAUUACCUCUUGUUCCUCCUGUCUUGACUGCUGACAUUCCUCAAUGAUUCUAAUGUCUAUUUUAUGGGAAGCGGCCUUCCCCUGUGGGUUUCCUUUUACACACUGCAGGGCUAUCUUUAUACUUAAAAAAAAAAAGAGAAAAAAAAAAGGAGGAAACUGUCACUAACCUCAUGGGGUAUUUGUAGAAAACCAUUUAGCCCACCUUGAGCAAAAGGUAGAUUUCCUCAUUGUUUUCUUAAGCUCAUUGUAAGAAAAGAAAUCUAAUUCAGCAUUAUUGUGCUACCUCAAAGGUAAAAUGUUUUAAGGUCUUUUUCUGGUCCUGAGUUCUACACAUAGUGUUUGAAAUGUCUUUCAAUUGGAGUUGUUUUUAAAUCAUUGGGGAGAAUCUUAUUUUAACCGUUUUACACUUGUAUUUUAAUGUCAGAAGAAUAAGUGAUCAGAAAGUGAUCAAUUAUUGCUCUGUAGUAUUGAACAUAUAAUUAAAUCAUUGUUUGCCAUAAACAAGGUUGGGUUUUUUAAAAGGAAGCUCUAGGGCUCGGCUGUGCUUUUGGUUAAUAAAGGCUGACAAAUCA